CCGGCCGUUCCCUUGGGAGGAGCGGGGUGGAGGCCUCUGGGGCCUCGGUACCCGCCUGGUGCGGCGGAGGCUCCGUGGGCUGCGAGGCCCCGGUACUGCGCAGCACCGGGCCCCGCUGCUCCUGGGGCUGGAGGACCCCCGGCCCUGCCGGCCCCCUCUCCCCGCCUGGUGCCCGGGACUCGGUCCCCAGUGUCCGGCCGGUGCUGGGUCAAUCGCGGCUCCCGCUGACUCGCCGCCCUCGUAGAUGGCCGGAGAAGUGGCAGAGAAGAAGGACCGGGACGCAUCCCCCACCAAAGAGGAGAGGAAACGCUCACGCUCCCCAGACCGAGACCGGGACCGGGACCGAGAUCGGGAUCGCGACCGAGAUCGAGACCGCAAGAGCUCCCCCUCCAAGGACAGGAAGCGGCACCGCUCCCGGGACCGGAGGCGGGGCAGCCGGUCGCGGACCCGCUCCCGCUCCAAGUCAGCCGACAGGGAUCGCCGGCACAAAGAGCGCGACCGGGACCGGGGCAAGAAGGACCGGGACCGAGACAAAGAUGGGCACCGGCGGGACAAGGACAGGAAACGAUCUAGCUUGUCCCCGAUCAGGGGCAAGGAUUCGAAGUCCCGGAAGGAUCGGGACUCGCGGAAGGUGGAGGAGGAGGAUGAGAAUGCGCUAAAGAAGGAGAAGGCCCAGCCUCUGUCCCUGGAGGAGCUACUGGCCAAAAAGAAGGCUGAAGAAGAGGCAGAAGCUAAGCCCAAGUUCUUGUCCAAAGCGGAGCGGGAGGCCGAGGCCUUGCGACGGCGGCAGCAAGAGGUAGAGGAACGGCAGCGGCUGCUGGAAGAGGAGAGGAAAAAGCGGAAGCAAUUCCAGGAGAUGGGGAGGAAGAUGCUGGACCCCCAGGAGCGUGAGCGCAGGGAGCGCCGCGAACGCAUGGAGCGGGAAACCAAUGGCACGGAGGACGAAGAAGGCAGGCAGAAGAUCCGGGAGGAGAAAGAUAAGAGCAAAGAGCUGCACGCUAUCAAGGAGCGGUACCUGGGAGGAGUGAAGAAGCGGAGGCGCACACGGCACCUGAACGACCGCAAGUUUGUCUUUGAGUGGGAUGCGUCAGAGGACACGUCCAUCGACUACAACCCCCUGUACAAGGAGCGGCACCAGGUGCAGCUGCUGGGCCGGGGCUUCAUCGCCGGGAUUGACCUGAAGCAGCAGAAACGGGAGCAGUCGCGUUUCUACGGGGACCUGAUGGAGAAGAGGAGGACGCUGGAGGAGAAGGAGCAGGAGGAGGCCCGGCUGAGGAAGCUGCGGAAGAAGGAGGCCAAGCAGCGCUGGGAUGACCGGCACUGGUCCCAGAAGAAGCUAGAUGAGAUGACAGACAGGGACUGGCGCAUCUUCCGUGAGGACUACAGCAUAACCACCAAGGGGGGCAAGAUCCCCAAUCCCAUCCGCUCCUGGAAGGACUCCUCCCUGCCUCCCCACAUCCUGGAGGUCAUUGACAAGUGCGGCUACAAGGAGCCCACUCCCAUCCAGCGCCAGGCCAUCCCCAUCGGCCUGCAGAACCGUGACAUCAUCGGUGUGGCUGAGACCGGCAGUGGCAAGACUGCAGCUUUCCUCAUCCCACUGCUGGUGUGGAUCACAACCCUGCCCAAGAUCGAUCGGAUUGAGGAGUCGGACCAGGGUCCCUACGCCAUCAUCCUGGCCCCAACCCGAGAACUGGCCCAGCAGAUUGAGGAGGAGACCAUCAAGUUUGGGAAGCCGCUGGGCAUUCGCACGGUGGCUGUGAUUGGAGGCAUCUCCCGUGAGGACCAAGGCUUCCGGCUGCGCAUGGGCUGCGAGAUAGUCAUCGCCACACCGGGGCGUCUCAUUGAUGUGUUGGAGAACCGGUACUUGGUGCUGAGCCGCUGCACCUACGUGGUGCUGGAUGAGGCCGACCGCAUGAUCGACAUGGGCUUUGAGCCUGAUGUGCAGAAGAUCCUGGAGCACAUGCCUGUCACCAACCAAAAACCUGACACCGAUGAGGCUGAGGAUCCUGAGAAGAUGUUGGCCAACUUUGAGUCAGGGAAACAUAAGUACCGACAGACCGUGAUGUUCACGGCUACUAUGCCACCAGCAGUGGAGCGCCUGGCCCGCAGCUAUCUCCGCCGUCCGGCUGUGGUCUACAUCGGCUCCGCUGGCAAGCCUCACGAGCGGGUGGAGCAAAAGGUCUUCCUCAUGUCAGAGUCGGAGAAGAGGAAGAAGCUUUUGGCUAUCCUGGAACAGGGCUUCGACCCGCCCAUCAUCAUCUUCGUCAAUCAGAAGAAGGGCUGCGAUGUGCUGGCGAAGUCUCUGGAGAAGAUGGGGUACAACGCCUGCACCCUGCACGGCGGCAAAGGCCAGGAGCAGCGAGAGUUUGCGCUGUCCAACCUGAAGGCCGGUGCCAAGGACAUUCUGGUGGCCACGGACGUGGCUGGACGUGGUAUCGACAUCCACGACGUCUCCAUGGUCGUCAACUACGAUAUGGCCAAAAACAUCGAAGAUUACAUCCACCGCAUCGGGCGAACAGGCCGAGCAGGGAAGAGCGGCGUGGCCAUCACCUUCCUUACCAAGGAAGACUCGACGGUCUUCUACGACCUCAAGCAGGCCAUUUUGGAGAGCCCGGUGUCGUCCUGCCCACCGGAGCUGGCCAACCACCCCGACGCUCAGCACAAGCCGGGCACCAUCCUCACCAAGAAGAGGCGGGAAGAGACCAUCUUCGCGUGAGUCCCCAGGGCCAGUAUCCACCUCUUGUCCCCCCCUUCGGGGACACUAGGACUUCUGGGGCUGGGGGCCUCCAGGACUUUAUUGGCGGCUCCUUUUCCGUGCCCCCAGGUCUCUGCGCAGCCAGGACUGUCGAUAGCAGAGACUGGGGCCCAGACUACUCUGAGAGCCCCCUCUUUGCUCCCAGGUCCCUUCCCCACAUCCAUCACAAACUGACGCAGCCUCUGGAGGUUUUUGGGGGACAGAUUCCUCCUCAUCUGCCUCCUGCUGAGGCAGGGGCACGUUCAGGGCUGGUGCUGAGGUUCACAUGCUGUUUUUUAGCUAGGGUUGUCCCAGGAGCUGUUCUUUGUCCCUUCAUCCUUUUUUUUAAAGCUGAAACUCCAGUUCAAGCUACAGGAAUAAAAAAACUGCAGCAGUGCUGCCGGGCAUUGCCUCCCUGUGCUC